AGCAACUGCGACAUCAAUUCAUCGCGACGCAAUGUCUGCCUCUCCGCUCUCACCCGGUGCCGACAUGGACAAUCAUUGGGAGCUCUCGUCUGGCGCCUCUUCGCCCCGAUCCGAUACUUCGACCAACACCAACAGCUUGUUCUCGUUGCCUGAUUCGCCUGCCGAUACAGAGAUUUCUUUCCCUGGCCUUGGCCCCAAUGACCCCAAGGACACUGUUACUCAGGCUCACCCCAGAAUUGCUGUGAUGCCAAGUUUCGCGAACCACAUCCUUGUGGGAAACACGGCAUACGCACCAGGCCAAAUUCGAGGUAUGGCUCAGACGAUAUCUGCAGCACGCAAGACAGGAGAGUUUCCCGCCACCACAGCAGCCUUUGAGGAUGCCCAAUCCACGGUCGAAGACUACCAACAUCUUCAGAGUCUUCGAGAUGCAAGAGGCGACCCGGCUAUCCACCCCCCACCUCAGCAGUACAACGUCAUCAAGGUCGACAUCGCCCGCCGCAUCAAGGCUCGCGAUGAGGCACAUGGAGCCCCAGCCAACUUUCAAGAGGUGGAUCACCGAGUUCAAAACUGGAUGAGCUCAAUCAACAAGGAAGCACGCAUGCUGGAGAUUACACAGGCGGCACUUCAUCGCAAGGGCAUCAAUAAUCCCACACAAGACGACUUGGACGCCAUCGCCGAGGAGUUCAUGCAGAUUGCGGAGCGAACUCUUCUUGACGUCGCCAACCCUCUGCGCAUGAAUGCCACUCGCAUGGAGGGUAACAUGAGUCGUUUCGAUAGCCAGCUCAGCGGCUUCGAUGGGGCAAUGACCGCUCAGCUGAACAACCUUGCAUCGGUCAUGUCGACCCUACAAUCAACCAUGGGCAAUGCAGUCGGUACAUCAACAGAGGCUAUGAGUGGCGCCAUGAACGCUCAAAUCAGUACUCUCAACACUGUUCUGGCAUCACAGGGCAGUACUUUCAACGGCUCCCUCAGCAUGCUCAACACAGCUCUGGGAACAGUUCAAGCCGACUUGAGUCAGCUUGCCACCAACCUACCAGCGAUCAUUGCAACUUCAGUUCAGGCUGCAAUCAAGGAGCAACUGUCUCCUAUUCCCCAUCGACAUUUCUCCACCACGCAACACCAAUUUAGCUACGAUCAACCACCCGGGUACGCUACAGCUACACUGGUACAACAAUACAAUGCGACUGGUGGAGAGCUUCACACCGGCAGCGCACAAGACGUCGCUUCUGCGGUCCAAGUAUCAGGACAACAAUAUGAGCAGGCCUUGCCUAUGAGCAUGCAGCCCACGAAGUCCAGAUUCAAGAGAUUAUUCCGGGUUAUUACUGGAAGAGGUCAAUCGAAGAAGGCGACGGGUUUCAAGAAUUGAAGCUUAUGAUGAGGCUUCAACAUUCAGCUGUCCGACUUUGUGGCCAGCACUCCCCCCCUCUGAGACGUACACAACACAUCCGAUCACCAAGCUUUGGAAAGAUGGAAGGCAUGAUGGGAGGAAAUUGGUUUUGUAGAUCACCGGUAGAUUGACCCGUACGUACCAC